AUGAAUCUCAUCCCAUGGGUUUUCCUAAGUGUCGUAGUGAUAUGGUGUGUCGCGGGGAAGUUGAGUUUGAAUCUUUUUUCCAACCUGGUUAACAUAGAUGUGGAAUUUUUGGAGGCCCAUAAAAAUGAGUUAAUAAAAAAGUACGUGGGUGAUGAGGACUACAUGGUGUAUGAACAUAUUACGAAGGACAUGCAUUUAAAAAAGAACUACGUUGAAGUGAUUAUCCGGGGUGACUUGAAGAACAAGGGCGAUAAGAGCGUCCAAAGCUUUGUCUUCUUGCUUCCGUACCACGAGGCCUUCCAGGCCAGCACCCUCCGCGUGAGAGACCACAACGAAGGCGAGCUUCGGUACCAGAUCCUGCAUGAGCCGAGGCACGACGCGAGCGAAAUUCAAGUGGACCCCUUCAAUGAGGACUACGACUUGGACCGAUUCCAAGUGAAGGCAUACAGGGUAACCCUAAAAAGGAAAUUGCACAAAGAUGAAAAGGUCUCCCUCUAUUUUGGAUAUGCCCUGGGACAGCCCUACUUUCCAUUCCCUGCUGAUAUAUCCCCAGAGGAAGGACAGAAAAUAAUGUUUUACCUUUCCUCGAAAAUUCUUUUGCCCUAUGAUGUAGAAGAAAAGGAAGAGUUAAAAAUAUUUUUGUGCAAAAAUUGCUCCAUCGUUCGGAUUGAAGAUGGAGAUUUUUUGAGGAGCUUUGUAAAAGUCAAUGAUGAUACGUAUGUUUGUGAGAAGAGUGGAGGAGGAGCAGUGGGAGGUGAGCUUCCCCAGGGAGGGGAGGCAGUGUCACACGAUCAAAACGAGUUGGUUGCAAAGGGGAAGGAACUGGGUCGGUUCACACUCGGGCACAAAGCCCUGUUCUAUUUCCGCGCCAACAACCACCUAGGCUACUUCGAGCGAGUCACCAAAGAUAUAAAAUUAUCUCAAUUGGGUUUUGUGUACGAACGGGAAGAAUACAUCCUGCGCAAUGACGCAGCAAAGAUACACACAUUUGAUAGGUACCUACUUAGUGAUUACGAAAGUAAACACACGUCACAGGAGGAAGGGAAAGAGACAGACGAUCAGUCCACCACAAUUAUUUACUCCAUGAAGUCGAGAAUAAAUUACGACAUACAUGAAUAUGAGUACUUUGACGACCUCGGCAAAAUAUACCUCAUCCAAGCGGAAGAAAUAUUUGAUAAUAAAAAAAAAAAGAGCCACAUUCAGUUUGACUUAAGACCCAGGUACCCCCUUUUGGGUGGAUGGAGAGCUCAUUUUUUUAAUUCCUUUUAUCAUGAGUCCAAUUUGUACAAAAUUAAAAACAAAAAGAAUUAUUAUGCAUACAAAAUUGAUAUUUCCCCAUCCAUCAAGUCCUUUUUUAUAAAGAAACUCAAGGUCAGAAUUUCUCUGCCCCCCUUCUCCGAUGACGUUGCAGUUGUUUCCAGGGACGACAGUGUUAAUGUCCUGACCAGCAAGCAGAAGGAGUGGCUCGAUUUGUUUUCCUUCCGAAAUGUUGUAGAAAUUCAAAUCGAGAAAUUCUUCCCCCCAAUGGACGAGAAUUACUACCAGGACUUUCUCGUCAUGUACAAGUUUAAAUUUUUCAACCUUUUUUGGAAGCCCCUCUUGGUCAUACUAAUCACGUUCGCCGCGAUCCUCCUGAUCUGCCUCUUGCGCGAGCUCCCGUUCAACUUCAACACGGCGAAGGAGAACGCGGACAAGAGGGAGAGCGAAGACCGCGCCAUCUUCCUCGAGAAGUGCAAAGAGCUGUACGAGAAUUUGUCCUACAUAUCAGACCAACUGAUCCAAUCGAUUAGCAACCUGACCCCCGAGGAGAAGAUUAGCCAGAAGGUGCAACUCUUGGAAGCAGAAGAUAAAUGGACAUACGAUUUUAUCUACUUGACGAAAGAGUUCUACAGAAAUUUCGAGAGCUCCUCGAGCAAACAGUCGCUGCAGAGUUACGUAGAUAAGUGUUUCAAUUAUCACGCGGUUGUGAAAAAAUAUUUCGAGGCACAGCUGUUCAACGACUUGAAUCUCAAUUUGAACGAAGUUGCGCAGGCGGAGAAGGAACUCUUGCUUCUGCUAAAGUACACGUAG